AAUUACUGUUAUAUUCAUUACCAUACAGUAUUUACAUCUUUACAUUGUCCUUAAAUGGAAAAAUAGCAACAUGCAAAAAAUAAAAAUACAAUCCAGCAGAGGUCUGAAGUUUUGAGGCAUACAGAAAUCUUAUUUUUCAAAUCUUGACGUUUCGGAUAAAAGUUCAACAAAAUGAGCUUAACCACAAAAGUCUUGGUCAAACUUUGAACUGCCAAGUUUCUGAAAUGUGCUAUUCAAAUAAACUUGACUUAUAAAUCGUAUAUUUCUCAAUAAAAACACUUGUGAUGUAUUGAAUGUUCCUUGAUGAACGUCAAUGUAUGCCAGGGAAAUAUUUGAUAAAAGCAAAGAUAUUGCAAACUACAACAAAUUAGUGAAUAAUACAAAAUGUAGCUUUUGUCUCCCUCUAGUGGUGAUAGACCAGAAUCAUCAGACGGCAAGAAAUUAAAGUGAAUUUUUGUUUGAAAAAUUCUCCACAAAACAUCUUAGGAGCAAAAUGAACAUAUGAAAGUAUAUGUAUGUUUCAUGCAUAUAACUCUGAAAAUCCAAGAGCGGUAUUAAACAUUAACAGUUUCGUUUUAGUUACAUUCACCAUCUAACAUGAGAAAUUGUAUUUGAUUUUUCUUCAAUUUAACAUAUUUGUUAAAAUAUGUCGCUAUGUCAUCAUAGUAUCAGGAGGCAAAUAAUCUGAUAAAAUAAAUAAAUCAAGCUCCUCUCCCUUCUUCAAGUGCUAAAUGCAGAAAUACACAGCUCUGUCAAAACAACCAAUAAAAGCCAGGGGGAGGGUCUUAUCGCUGUCAAUUAUCCUCGUGUACGGCCUGCUCACGCCCUCUCUGAUACAUGGAGGAUCAAUGAUCCAAUGGAACAUUUCUUUUCUGGAGUGACCUUUCCAGACAGUUUGAGACUAUAAGCUGGAAAGUUGGGUCUGUGCUAAGAAAGUAAAAGAUUUAAAUAAACUCAAAGAUUUUACUAUUAAAUGUCCCGGUAGUUGCAAAAACUGUGCUCACGAUAUCACUUUCUAAGGGAUGUUUCAUCAAAGAUCAGUCAAAACCAAACUGGCGGCGUUCCCAGUUAAAGCAACUCAUGACGCCCUCUUUAUCCGUUUAAAAUGCACAAACAAUUAGGAACCAGGAAAACUCUGAACUCUGAGGAAGCAGUACAGUCAGUUGACCCUGCUGUUCUACGAUUUGCUCUCUGACUGUUGGCUGCAUGUUUAGCCAGGUAAUCACCUGCUAAGCCUCUCUAAAGGUGACAGGGCAUAGAGAAGGACAGAAAUCAUGUCUGACAGGAGUCUCUGAAAUCAUUUACGACCAAGACGGACCGAGAAGCGCUCUGCUCCUGCAUCUCAACUCCCUGUCGUUUUCCCGGCACUUAGGUUAGAGAUUCGACAAGCAUGUCCAAAGCAGCAGACAGGACCUCUUCCACAACGUCCGCCGAUUCAGCCUUAGGAGACGGCAAAGAUGGUGGCUCUAAGACUAGCACAGCCACAAACUCCCCAUCGGGUUCAGUUUCUGAGACACCAAAGAAAUCCUCAAAGAAGGCCAAGAAAAACACAGAGAGCAUGAACAAAGUCUACAACUCCAUCCUCAACAGUGUUUUUGGGGCCGACAGAGACCUCGCUCAGGCGGAAAUAGACGAGUUGCAGGAAGCCUUCAAAGAGUUCGACUACGACCAGGACGGCUAUCUGAACUACAAAGACGUGGCUGAAUGCAUGAGGACCAUGGGAUACAUGCCCACCGAGAUGGAGCUGCUGGAGAUCGUACAACAGAUCAAGAUGAGAAUGGGCGGGUUAAUGGACUUUGAAGAUUUUACCGAAUUGAUGGGACCGAGGAUGAUGGGAGAAACCACAAACAUGCUGGGACUCAAGGAACUCCAGUCAGCAUUUUUACAGUUUGACUUGGAUGGAGAUGGAAAGAUAAACCAGGACGAGAUGAAAGAAGCUCUGAAAAGUCUUCUGGGGGAGAAGCUGAAGAAGGGAGAGCUGGAGGAGAUCCUGAAGGAGCUGGACGUUAAUGCAGACGGAAGCAUCGACUUUGAAGGUGAGAGGUCAUCAAACUUUCCAUUUUCCAUCAGAGCUGGCCGAGGACACAAUUCUGACUCCGUGUUUCGUUCUGUUUCAUUUUCAGAGUUUGUGAUGAUGCUUUCUAUUCACUGAAAUUGCAAAGCAACAUCUACAUGGGCUUAUGACAAGCACUUAACAGACGUUGGACAAAAUUUUAUUAAAUAAACUGAUAUUUUGUAAAUCUUGCUUCAAUGAAGACAAAUACAGCUGUUUUCAAACACGAUUUUGUUUGUAAUGUGGAUGGAGACUUUUAGUGUUCAACUAUGGAGCUGUAAAAAAAAAAACACCUAUUAACUGAUUCGACUUGCAUUGUACUGAAAGCUGAACGGCAUUUCAGUAAGUUACUGAGUUUGUUGCUUUGUCAUAUUAUGUAAAUAAAACAAUAUAAUCCCUUUUUUUGUUAUUUUAAUAAAUAAAUUCAAGCCUGUGAUUCUGUGAUUUCUUCAUUACAACAAAGAUUAGAGAGAUUAUAUCAGCCUCACAAUCUCACUUUAUUCAGAAAACAAAUUUUUUUUAACCAUGUGAAAUUAUUACAUUCGCAUCAGCAUCUAAAUAAUAUAAGUUAAAUAUAAAUUAUCCACUAAUAAACCAGGUCUAAUCUGCACUCUUUAAAACCAGAGAUCAAAUAAAAGGCGGUCUGUCGGAAUCACAUUUGAGUUCAGGUUCAAGAGCAUUAACAUAUCAGAAGGUUAGCACUACCAGUGACCGACUCUGAGCCAUACUUUAAGUUUUAAGAUAUGCUCACACACUUCAGCAGAGUGUGAACACAUGUAAAGCCCACUCCCUCACAAAACAAAACAAAAAAGUGGAGUAUUUGCAUAUAGAGAAGCCUUAGUAGCAUCCAUCCUAACGACAGGAAGUGGGUUUAAACACACGAUUUCACCCAUAAGUUAAGAGUUUUGUUCUUCAGAUAUAUGUUUUGAAACUAUGUUUCCGUAGUUCACAGCUUGUAAAAAUCUUAACAUAAAAGCAUUGAUUAGGCUUCAAUUUAAUCUUUCUAAAUAUGAACUAACUUGUAUUACAACCAAUAACAAAAACAAUAUAUCUAAUUAAACAUCUACUCUUGGAGGAUAUUCAGGUUUGUAACUUUGUGCAAACAAACCCAAAAAAAAGUCACAAAACUCCCAUGUUUGGACUGAACAUUUGAACUUUGCAAAAAA